GCAAGAGGAAAAGAGCAAAAGGCUGACGAGAAAGAGAGAAUAGACACAGAUUCUGUCACACACACAACAGAAACUCCUCAUCAAGAGAAGAUCUUCAGCAUUGAAGAGUGUGUACCUUCAAGGGAGGAGAAGGAAGACAUGGACCAUUGCAUCACCACACAGGAGGAGGAAAUGAUUGCUGAAGCAGUGUCUGAGGGUGAGGAAGAGCUUUAUCUCAACUUGGAAUCAGAUGAUGAGGUCAGUCCUAUUCUUUCCACAACAGAAGUUAAGACAACUGAUAACAAGAAAGACAAGGAUGAGCAAGUGGCUACAGAGGAAAUGGAAGUGGAUAUUGUUAAACCUGAGAUGGAUGAGCAGGAUACUAUCAGAGAUCAGAGACCCACUGAAGCAUCCUUAGAUGAUGAAAGGAGUCAGGAGUCACUGCCAUCUGUAAAGGAAAACACUUCAGUAGACGUGAAACUCAGUGCACAGGAAAGUUCAUCAGCCAUGGACAAAGAUCAGGAAAUGGCUGUAACAGAAAUCACAAAAUCUACCAUCAAAGAGAGCACAGGAGUCUGUAGUGUGGCAAGUGGGGAUGUGGAGGAUGAUGUAGCUGCACCAAAACUAGAAUCAGAGAAACAGUCAGAGCAAACCUUUGUAGUGAAGGAGAAUGAUGGAGUUUCUUUAAAGAUGGAGGAGAUUAAUGAAUCAGAGAAAGAACUUGAGAGGGAUGAGACACCCAUAUCGUCUAAUCAGCACAAGACACAAAAUGACAUGGAAGCAGCACCCACAGAUAUUGAGGCACCAAUUUGCAGGCAAGAGCAGGAUACAGUUGACAGUGUGGUACCUGGCAGUAAGGACAUCCCUGCACUUAUGGAGGAGUCUGAGGAGAGGAUGUUAAGUGAGGCUGAUGGAGUAAGUCCAUCUAAGAGGAGGAAAGUAGAGGAAGAUACACAAGAAGAAAUAAGUCGUCCAAUAGAGCAAAAUGAAACACAAAUGCCAGCAGAAGAGAAGGAAGGUGAUAAAGUAGCGGAGGAAAAAGGAAAUAUUUUACUCACCGAGGUGAAGUCAGAGAGUUCUAUUGCUCUGACAGAAACUGGUAGAGAGUCUCCUUUGCCUUCACCAAAAGAGGCAGUAGUUGUUGAAAGCUUAUUGAGCUCCUCCCCAGCUGCAUCUCCUCUCUCCCCACCAAUGGAGUACAAAGAUCCCAUUACUUCAGACACAACCCAGCACCAUCUGGAGAGUUAUUUGAGUGCUGGUAUGUCUCCAGAACAUGCUAGUGAGGCUAUCCAUUUGUCUUCCCAAAGGAAAACCACCAGACGCUCCCUCACAAGAGAACUAGUCACCGCCCCUGUUAGAAGGAGUCGAAGGUUGAGUGGAGCUUCCACUUCCUCAGCCCCAAGCACACCUAAGAGGACAUCCAGAUCCACUACACCAGCACGAGAGGAAGUGGAAGAAGUACGGCACCGAAGGUUGAGUGGCGCCUCCACUUCUUCCCCACCAAGUACACCCAAGAGGACAACCAGAUCCACUACUCCGUCACGAGAGGAAGUGGGUGAAGCAUCUUUAGAGAUGGUCACAAGAUCUGGGAGGAAGUUGCUACAGGUGCCAACACCUCACACUAGGUCAAAGGGUAGUCCUGGGUCAUCCCUUGUGACUCCGAGGAGGAGGACUAGGAGGACGUCUGGAUCUCAGGAGGAAUUAAAAGCAGUGUCUCAAAAGCUGUCCUUAUCUUUAGAAGUAGAAGGAGAGAGUGAAGACGCCUCCAGCCAGCAAAGUCAAGAAACGCAUCCUGCACCCAUGCCAUCCACACCCACUCGCCGCAUCACCAGGCAGAGUCACGCUGAAACUUUAGAGACUAUUUCAGAGGACAAGGAGGUGGAGAGUACUAAGAGUGAUGUGAAGGCAAGGACACCAACCACUCCCUCCAAGGCUGCAACAAGGAGAUCAAGAAGAUUAUCAGAGGCUCUGGAAACCAUUGAGGAAAAUGCCCUGUUGACAACUGUAGAGGAGCCUCAGACUCCAGUCACCCCACGACACAGCAGGAGGAGGUCUGUGGGUCUUCAAGAAACUGUUACAACAUCUCAGAAGAGGGGAAGGAGAACCAGCACAGAGUCUCUUGCUGAGGAAUUAUCACAUCCCAAGUCCCCACACAGGACAAAAAGGUUGUCAGAACUUUCAACAGUGACACCACAGAAAAGAACACCCAGCAGGAGGAAAGAAGCCCAGCCUGACACCCCAGCCAAAGGAGCCAUUAGUGAGGGACACUCUUCCCUAUUAGAAAAGGAAAAUAAAAGUAUAGCCAGUAGGACAAGAAGACGAUCUCAUUCAGAGGACAGUACCAGAGAGGGAGGAGAGAGUGGCAGGCAAGGCAGUGUAACAUCAUUUGUGGAGUCACUGUCGGCUUCCCCUACCAGAUCAACACCAGUCACUAGUGUCAAAGAUUCAGAAAGCAGUGAAGAAGAUGACCGGCAGACCAGGAGGCAGAGGGGAAAGCAGCAGGAGGGCAAAGAGAUCACAAUGCAGAGGAAGAGCCGCCGACUAACUCAGGCAUCACUAGUUGAUGAUGCAAAUAAACCCAGGAGAAAGUCCAUGAAGGUUUACUCACUCUCUGAUGAGGCAAGCAAUUUCAUGGAUCUGAUGGAAUCUGGCAAGAAAACACAUCAUGCCUCAAGAAGUAGAAGGAAAAUGGUACCUUCAUCACCCUCUGACUCAGUGAUUACAUUAAAAGAAAAUGAGGAACAGGAGACAGAGGCAGAGGUUGAGAUGGAGAGUGGCUCAGAGGAGGUGAACCUGGAAACUGGUCUGGAUGUUGAAGAUUACUCUGAGAGUAGUGAAGCAGAUGACCAGCCAAGCAGAAGGAAGCUGCUGCAGGCCAAAAGUGAAGAUCAAGAGAGCAAACAGACCUCAAGGAAGAGGAAAAGUCGACGUGUUGUUCAUGCUCCAGCUGCUGGGUCUGUUCAUGCAGACAUAAAACAACGAAAGUCCAGAUCCAUGAAGCUUUAUUCACUUUCAGAAGAGGCAGCCAACUUCAUGGAUUUGAUGGAGGAAACCUCUCACCAACCCAAAAGAAGCAGAAGGAAGGUUAAGUCAAAAUCCCCAUCUUCUCCAAUAUUACUACUCAGAAGUGACAAUCAAGAAGCAGAGGUGGAAAUGGAGAGUGGCUCUGGCAAGGUAAACCUGAAAGCUGGUCAGGAUAAGGAGAAAAAUAAAGCCUUGGAAAACCUAACAAAUGAGGCCAUCAAGUUCCUUUUUUCUUCUCCCCUUGCUGCAGGAAGGACUGCAAAACAGCAAACCAAAGGAGAGGAAAGCUCCAGCUCCAGUGAAUCAGAGGCAGGAACUAGCCACAAAAGAACUUCACACAGCAGUAAAUAAGAAGGCAGGCUGAGGAUGUUGAGAACUUAAUUUGUACAAUGACCUAUUUUAACUUAACUUGAGAAAUUUGAAAGCAGCAGCAUUGGGAUAGCCAUUGUCUUACGACAAGUACUCAUUACUAAAGAUGCAACAAAACACUGCAUAAGUUUUUAUAUAUAUAUAUAUAUAUAUAUAUAUAUAUAUAUAUAUAUAUAUAUAUAUAUAUAUAUAUAUAUAUAUAUAUAUAUAUAUAUAUACUUUGUACUGGUCGUUGCAGCAGAAAAUUAUCUUUUUGUAAUAUGUAGAGGGAUGAUAUUUGAUGUACAAAAUUAAAAAGAAAAAAGAUCUGUUUAGUAAGUUACUUAGGUAACUGGAAACUUGAAUAUGAUCUUCAUCCCCCAAACUGGUUUAUAACAAUGAUUAAAAAUGCCCCAAAAAAAAUUUUUGUAAAUGCAAUUUUGUCCAUAAUUGCUUGUAUGACUGUCUCUGAAAAUAACAAGGAGGAUGUCAUCAAUGUUGAAUGGCAGAGGGAAAUCAAUGGGUGGCAUUUCUUGUUUGUGUACAGUAAAAAAAGUCCAUUAAUCUGAUGAGCAGGGGACCAGGAGUGUAUCAGAUUAUUAGUUUCAUCAGAUUAUCAGGAUGUAUCCCUGAAAACACUAUACAUAGGUAGUAAUAGUUUAGCCCCACUUGAUAUCUCCUCGCCAACUAGCAAACACUUGUAUUUCGGCUCCUCGGUCAGCAGGGUCAGUUCCAGCUGGAGGGUGAUCCCACAAUAAAGACUCCGCCAUACCAAGACCUCCAUAUAACUUCUUAGGUGGACAUUACACUCACAUGCAUAUAUCCAAAUGUAGAGACAGCCUCUAACCUCUUACAAAUACUUCAAAGCUUUUUGCACCACAAAAUACUUUAACGUAGCAACUAACAUCAGUAAGCACUCUUAUCACAAGUGAUAAUCACCAACACCACAGUAAACAACUAUGCAGUUCCUCACAUACAUGCACCAAAAAUCAUGGGCAUAACAUAAUACUUGUCAUUCAGCAUUUGUUUAUAGAAAUUUUGUGAUCAUAGGGAACCACCAUCCAGCUGAACUGACCCUUUUGAUUAGUGAGUAACCAAAAUGAAGCAAGUUUUUACUGGUUGAAGAGGAGACGUUAGAUUAGUGAGAUUAACACGGAUUUGUUUUGGCUAGUUAAUGGGUGGUUGGAAUAUGGCGUAAUGAGUUGGUUGGAGGCAUUGGGAGCAGUGUCUACUUAUACCCCUUGCCACUAGGGUGCCUCUGGCGCCUGGUCUGAAUUUACAGAGACCUAAUUUUGGCUUUAAAUUAAUUUUUUCAUUCCCACUUUAAAAAAUUCAGACUUGUGAAAUUCAAAUUAUGGGUGUUCAGAUUAAUGGACUUGUACUGUAUUUGGGAAUAAUGCAGCUGAGGACAUUGUUAGUGUAUAUAGGAUAACUCAUUGUACAAUAAUGUAAUAAUGUAUUUAUAUAAUUAAUAUGAAGGAUAUAUUUUUUUCUAGAGUAAAAAACUUCGUCCUGGUUUUCUAGAGUAAAGACUUUGUCCUGCUAACAUUUCAUGUAGCCAUUUGACUGGGAACUGAUAUGUCAGUAAAGUCCUUUGAACUUCUAACAAUAGUUACAGUGAGUGUUGAGACAGAGUAAAGCUGCUUCUGCCACUGUGGGUGCCGACAAAAGCAGGACUACAAAAUGUUCAAUUUCAUUAUUGGUGAAGGCAAGUGAUGCCACAAUGUUAUGUGAACAAGGCUGUGAUAAGUUAUGUUCCAGAUGAAUGUGUAAGUAGCAUAUUAAUGGCUAAUGCUUAUUCAAAAAAUGAACUCUUUAGAAAUCCCUUUUAAAAUGCUCUGAUUUUUUUUAAAGUUUUUGUAAAUUCUUACAAAUGAGCAGGGGAAGGCUGUUUGGAUAUUGGUUUGCUUCCUGCUGUGAAAUCUUGAAGGUGACACUUCAUGCUUGCUAUAUACUUUGGGCCCAACCCUCUAACAUCUUAUCUUUCUGGGAAGAAAGAGUCCAUUAGGAUUGAGUGGUCUCAACUAAGCUGUAUUCCAUGGAUUUCUCAGGAGGUGCUCAAUUAACUCUUAUGUUGCUUUCUUCCUUGUUUUAUAAGCUGAUGUUAAUUUUAUUUUUUAGUGGUGAUUCAAAAUUUUAUGCUGGUUUUUUGUUAAAUUCUCAUUUUAUAAAUAUUAGUAUUAUAAAAAGAAAAUGCAAAGUAUUGCCAAGAAAUGAUCUUAUUAAGUUGUUAACGGCAGCAAUCAUUGUUAUGAUAGUAAAAGUUGACCAAAUGAUGCCAGUAAAUUUGCAUUUGCAAGGUUUUAGUUUUCAUAUUAAGACUAUCUCCUUCACUUAAAAUGUAUGUUAUUGUGGGAUACAGUGGCCAUUUAAUGAUUGUUAUAUUCUAGGUAAUGCUGCUGGUUACUGUUUUAACUUUUGAACAUGUAAUGUUCCUAAACUUGUAUGAAAAAUAAAAUGUGAUCUUCAAA